CCGCCCCUCCGCAGGACUAGCUCUGGGACUGGGUGGAGGGGAGGUAAGCGGGGCCUUGCGGUCGCACAUGCGCAAGGGUUCCUCCGGUUUCCCACAACCCUCGCUCUCCAGCAAAAGAACCCGCGCAGCGAGGUGGGAAAGGGGGCCGAGACCCUCCCUUCACGCCUCCCACCUGGAGCCGCCUGGUGCUCCGGGAAGGAUCUGGCUUGUGACCCGGGAAGGACUGGCCACGACAUAACUUCGGUAUUCACUUCCGAGUACUGAGAGCCUCAGAGGGAUGGCCCAGACCAGCCGGGGUCUCUGCACCCCCAGACAGGACAAAGGACAGGACUUGGCGUAAUGGGAGGAGGAGGCUAACGUGAAAAUAACCCGGGAGGAGUGAGGGAGCAGGAGGGCCAAUCCGAUCUGCCUCCUCCCUCUCUGCACUGUACUGACCUCUACCAUGGGCAACGCGCAGGAGAGGCCGUCAGAGACGAUCGAUCGCGAGCGGAAACGCCUGGUAGAGACGCUGCAGGCCGACUCCGGGCUGCUACUGGAUGCGCUGCUGGCGCGGGGCGUGCUCACCCAGCCCGAGUACGAGGCGUUGGACGCGCUCCCAGAUGCGGAGCGCAGGGUGCGCCGCCUGCUGCUGGUGGUGCAGGGCAAGGGCGAAGCCGCCUGCCAGGAGCUGCUGCUCUGCGCCCAACGAACCGCGCGGGCGCCCGACCCCGCCUGGGACUGGCAGCACGUGGGCACUGGCUACCGGGAGCGCAGCUACGACCCUCCAUGCCCAGGCCAUUGGACGCCUGAGGCACCUGGCUCGGGAAUUUUAUGUCCCGGGCUGCCCAAAGCUUCAGUCUGUGACGAACCCAGGGGUCCUGAGGGCUCCGAAACAGUGCAAUCCGAAACCCUCGAGGAGCCCGAGCCAGAGCUGGAAGCUGAGGCCUCUGAAGGGGCUGAGCCGGAGUCAGAACUCCAAAUGGAUCCGGAACCAGAGCCAGAACCAGAGCCUGAACUGGAGCCGGAGCCCGACUUCGAGGCGGGGGACGAGUCUGAAGAUUCCUGAAGGCCAGAGCGCUGACAGGCCACUCCCCGCCCAAGCUGGAUAGGACCUGGGAUACUGCCCUGGCGGGGUCGACGCCACCAAGGCUCCAUCUGGCCCAGUGCCACUGGAAGUGAAUAAAUUCCGAAGGGUCGGCCUGGGCUCUCUCUGCAA